GUUCGUGACAACGACUGACUCAGUGACUGUAGUGUGUAGUACUAUGUUGUAGUAGUAGCAUUUCCUACUCAACACCAGUAGCUACGUAGAUCUACGAACAGCUUCUGAGUUAGGAGUUAUGUUCUAGCGGAGCAGUGGCUGCGCUCCCUACUUUACUUCUGUGUGCGCAUUGUUUGUAUAGUACACUCCACCAUGACAAGAUAGUCCAUCGUAGCUGCUCAUAAUUAUUAUCAGCAAGGCAAACAUAAUAAUCUAUUGCACUGAGUCGUUUGGAACCCACCAUUCUUGUACCGGCCUGUCACAAAGGAUGGCAACAACCAGUGUUCAGCCUGAUGGGGACGGCAGGUGAACAACUACCUACAAGCCUUGCAGCAGUUCGAAUGGGAAGUGGACGUGCUCUGCCUUCCAAAAUGAAGUCUGCUGCCACGAUCCGCUCUAAACCUCGCAACUUCAUGCAAAGGCUGAUGACGUGUUUAUUUGGGUGCAUGGCAGGAGUAUGCUUCACACUGAUCGGAGUUUUUGUACUGCUGCAGUAUUCGAAGCCGUGCACUGUGCAGCAAAGUACCCAGAUCAUUGACCUGCGCUGGGAACAACAAACUGUUAGUCAGCCUACGCAUCGCACUCGAGAUGAAAUGCCCGUGAGCUCCUCUGCUGGUCAGGCAAGCAGUGCUACAGAGGAGACAGCUUUGCCACACACUAGCGGUCUACCCUCUAGUGCCUCUCCUUCAACACGUGCUCGUUCGCUGGCUAGCGUGGACACUCUCCUAACCGAUUUCACGUCGUCCGAGAAUUUCCAUGGGCAGCUAAAGAAGCUGUUGUGGAUCAAGAUGCGGAUUCUAAGUACGAACGUGUCCUGGUCCGCCGCUCAGACCUAUGUCAAACGUCACCACCCACUGCUGCUCUCUUCUCCUAAGCAUAUCCUAGCGUAUCCCGGUCUGCUCACUGAAACUUCCUCCUAUGACUUUGCUGGAUCUGCAUUCAGGGGUGGAUACUUGGGAGAGCUCGUCCAGUGGAGUGACCUCUUGGCUGCUCUAGUUAUCUUGGGUCAUCAAGUUGAUAUUGAAACAUCAGGCGCCGGCCUUAUGUCAAGAUUUGGCAAGAUUAGAGAUUACUACUACGAUGUCGUGUUCAGUGACUAUAUCGGCGUGAAUACCAUCCGCACUAAGCUACUUCUUCCUUUUGUACGGUGCCGGCUUCGGCUAUUAGAUUCGUUUGGCACACAGCCCAAAGUUGUGUUUUCAACGCGUAGUAGAACUCAAGCGAAACAGAGAAUGUUUACCAAAUUCGACUUGGAGAGUUACAAACAAUACCUUACACUGUACCCUCAUUCACCAGACAACUCAUUCCUUGGUCACGUUGGUAAGCUUGGAGUUGACGACAUUAGCGGCAAACGCAAGAACCAGGCCGUGGUGUAUGGAAAGGAAAGCAAGUUCUUUGAAGGCAAUACUGCCCUUUUGAAAACGAUUUCAAAGUACUUUGAAAUCCAUACAACUGUUCCAGAGGGAAAGGAGCUUGAGAAAGUGCUGAAAGAUGUACCCCAUAUCAACCACGGCUUGUUACCAGGUUCCAAUCUCAGCAGUCUUCUGUCUGCAUCGAAACUGUACAUUGGCAUGGGAUUUCCGUACGAAGGGCCUGGUCCUGUUGAGGCGCUGGCAUCGGGCUGCUCUGUCCUUCUUGGACUGUUUAAACCACCUAAGCAUAGCGGAAACACACCAUUCCUUUCCGGCAAGCCCACUCGGAGAGCUCUGCACAGCCAGCAUCCGUACCUCACCGACUUCAUUGGAGAGCCGCAGGUUUACACGGUUGACCUUAAAAACACCAAGGACAUAGAGUCAGUCAUGGAGAAAAUACUGGCCAAAAAAGACGAGGAGUUCAAGCCCAGGAUCCAGCAUGAGUUCACGCCGGAGGGAUUCGCGGAGCGUGUCGGGCACUUCAUUUACUACCAAGACUUCUGCGCUGAUCGAAGCAGCAUAGCUUUGGGAAAGAAUGCGACGUCCAGCCCAUUGGUUGACAAGCACACAGCAGGUGAAGCUGUGUCCAUGGAUAUGGCACACACCAAGUGUGUGUGGCUCGAACCCAAAGAGCAGGGCGUGUGGUGGGAAGUGGACCUCGGCUCUAUGUCGCCCAUUGCCAGCGUCGUCGUUGAUUUUGCUCCUGACUGGCACGUCUUGAUAAAGAUGUGGGGAAAUAAAAUUCCUCCUUUCCGAAUUCUCUUACUGGAUAACGAGAGGAAGAAUGUGGCCAAAGAAGAGUACACACACGAUCAUAUCAUGCGGUUUGAAUGGGAUGUGGAAAACGGUCCGGUUCGCGCUCGCUACGUCCGAGUGGAGAAGGCCAGCAAAGGCCCACAGUAUUUAGUGCUCUGCAAUGUCGGCGUGUACAGCACACCACCAUUUCGUCCCAGCUGGCCAGCUGCAAAGCACUUGCAUGAGGUGGUAAGCCGCAUAGGGCAGUCGUGCGUCCAUGCCUGCAUGGACCUACAAAUGGUCUGUGAACCGGCUUUCUUCCCACAUCUGAACAAAGACGACGUUCUGAAGAGAGCAUUCAAUUGUACAAGUGUAGUACGGACGAGAGUCGUCAAUGGCUUGUUGGAGAGUGUGAUACAAGAGCUGGCAGCAUACCCGGGUAUGCACACCAAGUCACGCCAGUGCACUGUCAAUCUGGAGAGGCUGUUGUUGGACUGCAGUGGAACAUCUGCAGACGUCCAGCGGCUAUGCCCAUGUCGGAGAUAUCAGUCACAACAGGUCGCCCUGCCACCUGCUGAUGUUGUGUGAUGGAGCCUGAGCCUUCAUGGUUAUUUUGUGUUUUGAUUAGGUAUACCGCCUGCUGAUGUUGUGUGACGGAGCCUUCAGUGUUGUGUCGUGUUGUGUUUUGAUUGGGUAUAACAGGACUUAUAUUCCUCAAAUACGCAGACAGAUUUUCAUUUACUCACGUGGUAUUAUUGAUAACCGCAAUCAAUAAGGCAAGCUGAAUCGACUUACUCUUCUACUUUGUAUCAUAAGGCAGAACCUAAACGUACGUCAACUCUAAAACAUGAAGUUGAUUGUUCCAACUAGGAACACACGCUUCUUGCCGAACUUGACACUUGACUGACUCACGACUGCCAUCCGGAGCACACGAGGAGCACGUCGCACCUUCCACUCGGCAAACCUGCAAGAAAGCACCACUCCCUGCUCAAUACACGGUGUUUCGGGGAAUUCACCCCUCAUCAGUUGAGUUGAGUUGAGUCAGUCAAGUGUCAAGUUCGGCAAGAAGCGUGUGUUCCUAGUUGGAACAAUCAACUUCAUGACUAUUACCGCCGAAGUCGCAACUUCUAAACUCUAAAACAGUCUCUUUAAUGUUGCUGAGAGUUACUUUACAUUUCUCCACAUAUAUCAAUGCAUGCACAUCUACCACACUUUUUUUAGAAAUGGUUAUGUCCUCACCUCCAUAGUCUGCAACAUCCCCUAUUAUCUUGCAAACCGGACUAAACGGAGAUCACCAGAUUUUAUCGAAAUUAUGCUUCAACGAUAUUACGGAAAUCAUUUA